AUGUCCAGAAAGUUAUCUGUUCAAGAAAGGUUAGAAUUAGCAACCAAAUCUGGGAAAAAAAGUAAAGGUAAAACCAACAAAAAUGGAAUCAAAAGUAGAGAAUCAAGUGUGGGUAUUUUCGAAACUAAUCAAUUAAAAGACACUGAAAAAACUCAACUUGUCCUUAACCAAACAUCUGAAAAACGGGACAAUGAAACUUCAACAACAGCAUCUGAAAAUAGUCAGGAACAAAAUCAACAACUAGAAGAUCCAGCAAGGAAUGAAAAACAACAGUCAGAAAUAGAGGAGCAGCCAAUUUCAAACCAGACCAUUAAAAAUGUUAUAUCUGAUCCUGUUGAAGUUCCUAUCCAACUAAACAAAGAUUUCAUUGGUGAAUUAGGACUACCUGAAAAUUACCAAAAAUAUACCGUUGAUCAAUUACUAAUGGAAAUCCAAAGUAAAGCUGUUAAAAAAUUAGCUGCUUUGAAUAAUGAAAGAUCUCAAGACAAAGAAUUGAUUUUACAACUUAAACAUGAAGGUGAAAAAUUAUCAAAAAAGGAAUUAAAGUUGAGUGAUACCAUCAAACUAUAUAAAAGAGAAAAAACAAAACUUGAAAUGAAACUGGAAGUCUGCCAGGAGGACUUACAGUCCAAAAUUGAAGAAGCUGAAAGACUUCAUGGUGAAUUUUAUGAAAUAAAAGAUAAAAACAAAUUGUUGCAAAAUAAGUUAAAUGUCAUGACAAAGGAGACUGCGGAGUUGUCAAGAAAAUACGAUAAUCUUUUUGAACAUGAUUUUAAAAAGCUUAAAGAUAAUGCUGAUCAACUAGUUCAAGAAAAUCACGAUUUGAAACUAGAGUUAAAUAAGGUUAGAAAUGAUUAUGAAAGUGAUACCAAGAAAUCUACCUUAAAAUUUAACAACCUAAGCAAAUCGUCGGAGGAUGAGAUAUCUCGAUUAGAAACAAAAUUAGAACAAUUACGGAUCAGAUUGGAAAAUAAUAACGAUGACGAUAUUUCUGCAGACCAAAAAAUACCGAAGUAUGUAGUGUCUAAUGAAAGUUUAGAUAAAGUAAAAUCACAAUAUGAGCUAUUGAAACAAGAAUUAAAAAAUACAAAUAAGAACUGGGGGUCAAUUGAAAAUAAUUUGAACAAUAAAAUAUAUUCUUUGCAGGAUGAAUUAGAAGCUCUACAAAGGGAAAACAAAAAAUUAUCGGAAGAUUUGACACUUUCCAAAAAAUUGCAAGAAAAUGCUUUCAAAGAUUUAGAAACUGAAAGGACAAAGAAUUUGAAUUUAUCUAAUAAAGUUACUGAAUUGAAUUAUGCGGUUGAUACACUAAACCAUGAAAUAAGUAAUUAUACACAGGAUUAUAAAACUGCGAACGAGAAAAUUAAAUUGCAAAAAAAGCAAUUAGAAGAACUAUUAAGUACCGAUUCUUUCUUGCUGGAAAACGGACGCGACUCAAAUCAGCUGCAAAAAAAAGUUCAUAAAAUCGAAGAAGAAAAUAGUACCGAUGAUAAGAGUUUUUCAACAAAAUUAAAGGAGUUACAACAAGAAUGGGAUAUCGAACCUAGCGUGAUACACACGACAGAUGUGGACAUGUUGAGUGAAGCUGGUACCAGCAAUGUAACAAGCGGCCACGACCAUCUAAAUAAUGAUACCUCUGAUAGUAGGUUAGAAAUUAAUUUUUCCUUUAAUGAAAGUUCCCGCAUAAAUAUAACAGAUGAUGAUUUUUCUAAGCCACCGGAUUUUUCGAGAAGAUUAUCAUCGGUAUCUCAACAAUUACCGUCUUCUCCUAGCAGAAAAUUCCAACAAAGUUCGAUAGCACAGCAAAAUACUCAAACUAUAAGUAAUGCACAAUUGGUUUCUCAUUUGGGGUCGCAAGUUAGAAGACUAGAAACCGAGUUGGAAACUUUGCAUCAAUCUUGGAGAAAACUACAAAGAGAAAAAUCAGAAGCUAACGAUGAAAUUAUUAGGCAGAUGAACGAAUUGGAUCAAUUGGAAAAAUUUAGAGAAGAGAAUGUGCUAUUGCAAAAUAAAAUGCAUACUUUGGAAAGUAAUCAAGAAAAAUAUAUUAAAUUAUUGGAUAAAAAGUCCAGAACGAUUGAAGAAUUGCAAAAUGAUGUUAUUGAUUUGAAAGAAAUGUUACAAGAACAAGUUCAAAGCUUAGUUGAAUUACAAGAGAGAUCAAGGUAA